ACAAGUCCAGCAAAAAUGUCGGCCUCAGUUAUGGCUUGUUCAGUUAGCCUAAAACCAUCUCCCUUCACUGUUGAGAAGUCGGCAGUGAGAGGCCUUCCCUCUCUUUCCAGGUCCUCUGCUUCAUUCAAGGUGCAAGCCAGUGGCGGCAAGAAAAUCAAGACUGCCACCCCAUAUGGAACUGGUGGCGGCAUGGACUUGAGGAACGGUGUUGAUGCCUCCGGGAGGAAGCCUACGGGAAAGGGUGUCUACCAGUUUGUAGACAAGUACGGUGCUAAUGUUGAUGGAUACAGUCCCAUCUACAACAAAGAUGAGUGGGCUCCAUCUGGUGAUGUCUAUGCUGGGGGUCUUACUGGCUUGGCCAUCUGGGCAGUUACCCUCGUUGGCAUUCUUGCAGGGGGUGCCCUUCUUGUCUUCAACACAAGUGCUUUGUCACAGUAAAAUUAUUGAUUAUUCCUCUGUUAUUGUAAUUUAUGUAGCCUGUCCCAAUUAGCUGCCGUAAACAAGAACAUUAAAUAAAUACUCUAUGCAAACCUUAAUUGUAAUUGUUUCGGCAUGGAUUCAAUUUGAUGGGUGUAAUAUUGCGCUGGA